AUGGCCGAAUGGCAAGUGACGCCAGGUUGCUUGGCGUAUUGCACGCUAGAGGAGAGAAAAGCAGACGGGAAAAUACUUUAUAACGAAAUUUUUAAGUGGAAAAUGAAACAUGCUCCUAGCAAAAUUCACCAUUUUUCUGACGCUUCUUUAGACGAGCAAAUGAGAAGGGAUUUAAACUCCUGGAUCAGGUAGGAGGUUGUGUCCUUGGUGUGCGCCCGGGGCGGGGAAGUGGGGGGAGGGGGGGAGAGAGGUGUGAGUGGGGGUUAUUCCUUGUAAGUUUUGUAAGAGGCUAUUAGGAAUGUGCCGCUGAAUGGGGUAGCAUUGUCACGACUGGGGUGACUAUAAUGGAGUUGAAUUUUCAAUAGAGUUACUUGAAAUGAGGUUGCACAUUUUUUUUUUUAUUUUUGGAUAAGAAAAUUGCGGAAAGUAAGGAUUUUAGCAGGGAAGAUUGGCUGUCAAAAGCUUUUAGAUUUGCCGAAAAGUGACUGAGGUGGGGUCUCUAACUGGCCACAGAAUGGACUAUAAUGGGGUAGGGGUUGUAAGAAACCAGCAGCACAUACCAUUUACAAAUUGGCCCAAGUACCAUCCUCACUCCCCCAUGUUUAAUCCGGCCUUUAACUUUACACAUUUGACUUCCAUGUAUCUUUUUCUGUUAGAUCUUUUCUGUGCUGGUGUUGUUCAGUUCUGUCCAAGGGCAAGGGAGACUUAAGUCAUUGAAUCUAAAUAUGAUGCACCCUUCUGAAGUGAAGUUUUAUUUUGUUGUUGGUCAUGUUGCUAAUUAACAAUUCUUAAAUUUAGUACAUUAAAUUACCAUUUGUACUCGGGGUAAGUGGGUGAGUGUAGUCCUGAGAAGGUAGAGGUGACUGACAUUUUGACAACCUGAGUGGAAGGCAUCAUCAGCAUCAAGUGAAUAGUUGUUGUCAUCAAAUGUUCUUAGUCUGGUUCGUAUAAGGUGAUUGGUCAAAUUUUGUUGUGAUGUUAUUGGCUGUAAGACUCAGGUGGCCUAAGUAAUUUAGUGUUAACAACUGAAAAUGUAAAUUGGCCAUGGUAAAGGGUAAAAAAGCAGGUGUUUUGAGUGUUAGCCCUUCACCAAUCGCUCUGACGAAGGGCUAACGCUUGAAACAUUACCUUUUUUAACCUUUACAGUGGCCAAUUUACGUUUUCAACACAGUUGUUAACACUAAAUUACCUGCUAUACUCUCCCACCGACACAGCACCACAGUUUCUUUAGAAACUUACCCCCUUUAUUCAAGUGGUGUAAGUUGGUUGUGAUUGGUCUGUUUUGAUUUGUUGGUAAAGCAAGGUCGUUCUGUUUGGUUUGUUUGUAACCCUAAUGUGGUGAAUAAGUCGUUUUUAUCAGUUAAACUUUUUUUGAUGCUUAUGUGUAUAGUUAUCAUUAAUUGUGCUCCAAGUGAAGGACCUUGAUGUCCAUCUGUUCAUUUGUAUAAAUAUGAGAUUCGUAUUCCAUGUAUAAUGUAAUGUAUUGCAAAGUGUACUUGUUGAUGAAGUUUCAUAUAAAUAGUUAUGUCAAACAAGAAAGUAUCUUAAAACCUUACCAUAUGAGUUACACACCAAACAAUUCUUGUGGUCAAUCCUGGACAUUCAUGUAAGAAAUACAAGUAAAUCCAUUCACUGGUAUUAAAUUAGUAUCAAUGGGAUUGAGUAAAAAGAAUUAUUGAUUAUUUCAUUACCAGUCCAUUAACACAAUCCAUACUUUUUAACUUUUACAAGCACUGCUAAUAAAGUUCAUUUUCAAUUCAGUGCAGUGGAGUUACAUUAGAUCAAUAUGUGUUUCUUUUAGAAACAUAGAUGAGAGGACUUCAUGCCAAAGACUACAGAUCUUAUUUUCAUUUUCCGUCCCUUGUCAUGAGGCUCUUGAACAUAUAAUGAAAUUAAAAGUUCCCAUCAUCUCUGCAGGUGCUGUGAGUAUUCGCUAUUAUUUUACUUUUUCUGUUAUGAAACUGCAAAACAAUACAAGUUAUGCUGGCAAUAGCCACAGAUUAACACAACUUCCACGAAAUUCUGGGUGGUGCUUGUCGGAGAAUCUUAGAUCAGUCCCUAAUGGUGGUUAAUGUUCUAUUGUUCUGUGCUUUUUGCUGGUAUUUCAUUCCUUUUUUUCCAAAAAUAAACCUUUUUCUAUGCCCACUCAACGUUUCUGCUAAGAGAUACCACGGUGUAAAAUAAAAACGAAACAGUAAGGAAAAGUUUAAUAAUGAAGGUUUGGGCUAGUGCAGAUAGUAGCCAAUCGUUUCGCUAAUUACCAGUUCGCUAACCUCUUAAGCCGUUUCGCCAUUUUUUCAGGUAGGUUUGGUAACGUCUCAUAGGUCGUUUUGCUAACUUAUUACAAAAUACCUCGUGAUUCCUUCAGCAGAACUUGAUCGACUUUUGAUCGACCGAAAAAGUUUGAGGGAAGUUUAAGGUCGUUUCAAAACAAGUCGCUGCGAGACAAACUGUAGUGUAUUCGAUACAACGACAAAGUCGAUUCGAUACACGCAAAAGGUCAAUUUGAUUCAACUUAAAUCAUUUCACUUGAGUGCCACUUCGCAGAACACAAAAAUAAAAAGAAAGGAGCAACUACACAAUGCAGCGCCACUUUUGAAGGAACAUAUAUCUUGUGGCUCGUUUGGCUCGGCAGUCGAUAAAAUAACGAGGAAUACUGAAAAUGCUCUUCAAGUCUUAGUCUAGGUCUUUAUAUAUUAAGUGGCUCGUUUGGUUCAGAAGUGGAUGAAAGAAUGAGGAAUAAUGAAUGAACACGUUAAGUCUUAGUGGCUCGUUUGGUUCGGCAUUUUAAACAAAGGAUCAAACGAGCCAAACGAGUGUGGAUGGUUUUAAGUGGCCCUGUAUUCUGUAGUUUACCUAAAAUAGCGAAGAGAAACGUCCGUGAAAUAAUCUGAAACGUUUGCGAACGACUUAUGAGACGUCAGAGAACUGACCUGAGACGUUAAUGAAACGACCUUAGACGUUCGCGAACUGGUCGUCUGCGAAACAACUCGUGGGAGAAUAGACUGCAUUUCGGACAGAAUUAAUUCACAUCUUGAGUUGUUCAUUUUCGCUUGUAGGGAAAUGGUUAUUGGGAGUUUCUACUCCAACAGCGAGGAGCAGACAUUGUGGCUUUUGAUCAAAACACUGUGUAUCCGACAGAUAUGAGAUACACAGAGAUCAUGGUAAAAUUGUUUUGUUUGUUUGUUUUCUGUGGGAGGAUUAGUUUUGUUGUAGAUGUCACAUUUGACCCAGUAUCACACACAAGGUUUUACAGGUCAAGAGCCUGCCCACACUGCCAAGUUCCUAUCUUUUUCAACUGACUUGAGAAUAUUCAUUUCCCUAGGAAGGUGACCCAAGUAUUUUAUGUGAUUAUAAAGACAGAGCUUUACUGUUGAGCUGGCCUGAUCAUGCAGGUAGAUUUUUGUGUUACAGUUACCAUAUUGUCUUGAUCCUCACUCAAUUCCCUUCUGCUUGGCGAUUCUUCUCCCCACCAGGCCUCCCUCCUUGAAUCAUUCACCAUUACUGCUACUAGUAAGAGCCAUUUUCCUUUUUUUUGACAGAGGAUUGUUCAUUUUCACUGGACUGUCUCAAAUACUACAGCGGAAAAACUAUCAUUCACAUCGGCGAACUCUUUGGCGAAACACUCUCCUCAAAUCCCUGGGGUCAAACUACCUCACGUGCUUUCCAACUUCGACUCGGGGAAACUUUUCGCUGCGUGUCACGUGUUCAGCUUCCAAACUGGCCUGGUCACAUGGAUUCAUUAACAGUUUGGUCACGUGCUCCAGAUGUCGUUGACUGUGACGGAGCUGAUAUGGUGUUUAUUCCUUUGGAGAACACGAGAUACUUUGGGUGGAGUGGCAAUUGAUGAUAUUUGCACUUCCUCAUUACUAGAUUGCACGCCCCUGCUCAUCAUCUGGCUACGAAUUCAUAAAAAUAUGGAAAGAGUUUUCUAGCACUGGACUUCACAGAGGCCUUGUCAAUAAAAUGUGUGGUCUCGGACAUAGUUUGAUGCUACUCUGGUUUAAAGAUUUAAUGAAUGUAACCGAAGAAGUUACAAUUCAUAGACCCAACAUUGUGGUCUCAUCAAGGCAGUGGUGGUAAACAAACAAGAAUGGAAGGAAGUGUAGAACUCGAAGCGUUGGCACUGUUAUGGGCGAUGAGUGAUUUACAUGACGAAGAUUUGUUAUUAUUUCGUAAGAAGAUGUAAAUUAUUUUCUCACGAAAAGGAUGUUGACAAACCCGUUUCAGAAAAAAAACGUAGUAAAGGAAGACAACAGAGCCGGUAAAUCUUUAUCGGAUUCUUUAUUAGCUCUAACCUAAAAAAAUUAAAAUUACUGUAGCAGAGAGAGCGUGUCACAAGAAUUUGCGGAUGUAAACAUUUUUCCAUGUCCUCAAAAAACUGAUUGAUCAGUCCACGACAG